AUGCCACAUCACUCCGAAAGGUCGAAGAUCACUGGCACAGCGGCCUCUCCAUACAAGGGAACUAACUCAUUGGGAAGUCCCACGCAGACGGAAAGUUUCGAUCCCAGUCUCGCCGAACCACCUCAACCAUCAUAUGUCCUGAUAUACGGCACUCGCCAAGAUACGUUCCUAGAUCCAUGCCUCCCUUCCCGCAUCACGAAGUUUACAUUCGAAGUGCUUCCACCGAGUCAUACGGCUCCCGAUCCGCCGACCAACAGUGAUUUUAACCCUGACCUGUCCAAUAUCCCGCAAGUCGACAGGGCCAUACUGUCACCAAGCGCUCCACGCUAUGACAUACUUGCCUCGGACCUUUCGAUUUAUGGCGGAGACAACUUGAAGAAAAUCGAAGGCAACCAGAAGUUCCAAACACUGAUGGCAUGCGGAAUAGCUGCCGCCUUCGAGAGCUACAGAAACCCCAACUGGAAAGUCUUCUCACAUGUUUGUCGCAAUUGGGCAAGCGAGCUCAUCGCCCCCAUACUCUCGGCUGGGGACGAAAGCUCACUUACUGCUGUUCUCCUCUUGCUUAUUCACGAGCUGGCCGAGCCAAGCCGAGGCAUGACCUGGGAGCUGCUUGACCUAGCUGUACGAUUAUGCAUACAGCUUGGGUGGCACAGGGCCCCCACCAUGUCCAUCAAUACUAUCGGAUCGGUAGGGUCUGUUGACUCAAGACAAUUUAGUAUCUCCGGUUCUGGCGAAGCUCGCUUGUUGUCGGCUCUCCGUGACAUAGAAGGGUCCUUGCAAACGAUAUACAAUCCACCUAGUUCGUUUAGCCGCGAACGUCUCCCAACUGCAGGCGAACACUGCAUCUAUCUGCAAAACUAUGUCAGCUUGUUUCGCGAGGUAUACGAUACCGGCCGUCUCUACGAUACCCGCGGUUGUCCAUUCGUCGGCGAUGUUGAUCGCCUUCUGCAAAGCGUCCAAGACAGCAACUUUGAUGACAUGAUUGUCAAAGAGACGUGGCUUAUCAUGCUUCCUAUUUGCGUCAGGCACAAGCAAUGUGUCCAUUGCUUCCAGGAAGCGGACGACGUAGAUGGCCGAGGCAUGAUCGCUCUCAGAGCAAGGGUCAUCAAUGCUGCCACAGAGCUGAUUGCUGCAACGCAUCGAGUGGUGGCAGGUGAUAUCUUUAUCCCGCCCCUGAUAGCGAGUACUCGCGCCUUUGUCGCCGGCUGCUCCCUAGCUGUGGCUCUUUUCAAGCGAUGGAUUCCUUCCAACGCACAUCUCAAGACCUUGGCCGCUUGCACUGAGAUCUUGACCCUCUUCGCGCCCCAUUGGCAAGGAGGUCACAAUUACCUCUACGUCUGGAGAACGAUAGUGCAGAUACUGGACGUCACUCGGUCUUGA